AUGAAUAAUCUAUUAAGGCCAGUCAGACGAUUCUCAACUUCAAUUUAUAGACAAACUAUCCAUAAUGAUUUAAAUAUUAUCAAUCAAAACCGUAACAAGGUUCUUCUGCUUGACUUCACUGCGGAGUGGUGCCCGCCUUGUAAACUUUUAGGUCCUUUAUUAGAAAAUGUCAGCCAAUCUGAAACCAGCAAGGUUGAUCUAAUCAAAAUCGACGUCGAUGAAAACAUUCCUCUGGCUCAAAAAUAUGGAGUUAGUUCAAUGCCAACUGUCAUAGCUGUCAAGAAUGGUGAACCUGUAAGCAAAUUCGUAGGCGCAAUCAACAAGAACCAAUUGGAUGAAUUUGUAAACCACGUUUCAGCUUAG